UCUCGCCAAGGUCCAGGCAGGGCAGCCAUGGCCAGUAACCCUACGACUACUACGGCAUGCACCCGCGGUUUGCUGAAAGGUCUCGGCGCUAAACUGCACGCAUGCGCGGCGCGCUUGCGCAACCAACUCUUCUUCCCCGCCUCCACCGCUUCAUCGGUCUUGCUGUCCGCCCUCGCCUUGCUUGUCUGCGGCACCGCUCUCUCGAGGGUCGUCGUCUUUUUCCUGCCGCUGGUGGUCUCCACCACCAUCUGCUGCGCGGCGAUGUACCUGCUCGUCGCCUCGGGGUCGUCGGAGGGAGGGGCGGCGAAAGAGGUCGUGCUCCUGUGGGGAGACAGGGUGGAGGUCGGGCUCCUGGAGGUGUACGGCGGCGCGAACGCGAGCGCGUACGGCGACAGGCGCGACGUCCAAGUGGGCUGUUUCCUGCACCGCACGUCCCCUAGCGGCGACGGCGGGUGGAAGAAACUUGGCGUCGACGAGAACGGCGAGGAGGUGGUGUUUGCCGGCAGGGUGGCGGUCGGCGGCAGCGUGCAGGACGGCGCGGCGCUCGAGGAGGAGCUGGUGGCUAUCCAGGUGGACAGGUUGGCCGAGGGCGUGUGGGAGCGCUACUUCGGCGGGAGCUCCGGGUGGAACUACGUGACCGCUGAGCGUGAGGAGAUCGACCGAAGCAUCGAGCAGCUAGCGUAAGUAAUUCUGCGUCAUGGGCUCAUGGCAUGUCAUGUCGCAUGGGUUAACUUGAUGUUACUCUGCUGUGCAUGUUGCCAAAUGUGACGGCACAUUUUUUGCUGCAA